GAUUCUCUCGUCAACCCGCCACAGAAGUGCUCUAAUUGUGCCACAGAUCGGACGUCGUUGAUUUCUGUUCGUGUUUCGUUUUUUACUUUGAUAUUUAUUAUACGAUCCCCUAUACCAUACGUACGAUUUUGGUUGUCCGUGGAUUUUAUAUCCACAUUUUGAAGAGUGCUUUUCAGUGAUCACCACCAGUGAUCACAUAAUGCCACGCAAGAAGCGUUCCUCCAGCCCGCUGGAUUUCUACGAUGAGGACUUUGAUGAGGAUGCCAGCUCCCAAAGCUCCCAACCGCCUGUGCAACGGAAUGCAGCGAAUGCCCGGGAACGGAUGCGUAUGCGGGUCCUGUCAAGUGCGUACGGACGUCUGAAGACCAAAUUGCCCAACAUUCCGCCCGACACGAAGCUCUCAAAGUUGGACACGUUACGUUUGGCGACGCUCUACAUUAAACAGCUAAUUACGGCCGUCGAGACGGGCAGCCACAGCCACAGCCAUAGCCACAGCAACAGCCACUCGAACAGCACCGGAAUGGAUGCCCUGGACACGAGUCACAUGCCAGAGCCGUCACACGGUUGCGGCAGUGGUGGGGCCAAUGUUGGAGGAAGCGUAAGCGGAGGCAAUUUCCAUUUCCACAAUGGAGGACACAGCGGCAUGAGCUGGCCCUUUGAGUUCCAUCAGAGCAAUCGCAGCCUGCCAUUUGGCUCCUCCUCCUCCUCCCGCAUGGACUGGCAGUCGCUGCAGGCACAGUCCUAUCCGAAAUCCGCACGCAUCGAAUUGGACGUUCCGGCCGAUCUCAGUUAUGCCCAGUUGCAGGAUUCUCAUGGCCACUGGUACCCUUCGGAGAUGCAUCAGAUGGAGCUGACGGCCACCAUCAAUGGUUGUGCCUAUGAGACGGCCACGGGCAUGGGACAGCACCAACGCGGCAUAGCUAUCGCCAGCCAUGCCCACAAUGGCUUAUAAAAAUGCCUUUACAUGAAUUUAUGAAUGUUGUUCUCACCCAACUCAAGCCAAAUGUAAUUUACUAACUAAUCGUAAUUGUAUUAAAUCGUGAUUUAAUUAUACUUUUACUUACAACAUAAUUAAUAAGGACCAAGGAUUUAUAUUUUAUUUUAAUAGC